AUGGCUGGAGUGGAUGAAGUCAUCUGGAGUGUAACCAUUAUCCCUGAACAGCUGCUGGUCUGCCAUGACUGGUACUGCUGCACUGCCAUUGUGGUACUCUCUGUGCGUUGUGUCCACUGGAGCACUAAAAAUCUAGAUCUUGGUCGUCCUCCUAGGAAAGCCACCCAGGCAUCUUUGUGCAGAGAUCUGGUAGAAGCAGGCGGCAGCCCUGGAGGGUUGAGGCGGGCGCAGGAGGCGGCGGUGCUGCUGCAGCGGGGCAGGGCCGAGGGCUGGCGGGUUAGCGGGGGAGUGAGGCUGAGGCGGCCGGGCACGCGUGGCACCUGCCCACCGCAGCUUUUGGUGCCAGACGACAACGCCGGGAGCCGCGGCCGCAGCUGCUCGGCUCUCACGGGGCCGCUGCUCCGCCCAGGGGCGGGCUCCGCGCUCUCCCGCCUCCGACGGGCCGCCGUCCCUGCCGCGGUUCCCGCCGCCGCCGCCAUGGAGGAGCAGAAAGAGAACCGCCCGCAGGCCGCCCGGGACGAGGCGGCGGCUGCUGCCGCAGCCCGCCCGCCGGGUAGACAGCAUUGUAAGAUCAAUGAUCAAGAAACUAAUGGGAAAACCUCAGCUGCCACUUCAAACGACUUCAGCGAUCCGAUUUACAAAGAAAUUGCUAUAACCAAUGGUUAUAUCAACAGAAUGACCAGAGAAGAGCUCAGAAGUAAACUCGCAGAGUUCAAGCUUGAAACCAGGUGAUUUGUAAACAUGUUGAUUUAUCUUGGAGAGCAGUGGAGUCAUGAGGGAUGAUUAUUUUAAAGCUUAAAAACUCAGCACAGAGUGAAAAGCAGAGUCAGCGCCAGACGCCAAUUGUUUUAUGUGCGAUCUUGUUGCAGCUUUUUUGUUGUAGGAUUAAUGCAUACUGCUUAAUGUGUGCUGUCUCAACGGGCAACCCAAAGAAAUGCAAGAAUACAUAACUGAAAAGUACUUCUCAUCACUUUUUGGUCAAGGGGGAAAGAAGAACUGCUGUGGUUCUCAGGUGGUCCUGCAGAGUUCAUCAUACAGCAACUUGCUUCAGAACAUCCAUAUCUUUAUUUAGUGUACCAGUACAGAUCUGAUACUUGCUACAAACCCUGGUGAUGGGACUCAGGAUUUAAUCACUUCAGAGAAGUACCUUUAGAUGGAGAGUUUGCUACUCUGAGUAUGUGUGCUAGAAAAAUGUGAAAAAAUGAAUGUAUUAUAAGCUGGAUUUGUGUUCACUGGGGCAGAGGCAAGGGAGUAUAGUGUAGUUCCUGCUGUACUGGAAAUUACCUGCAAGAUUAAUAAUUCUGUGGCCAGGCAGAUAUUGCGAUAUUGUGAAGAAGGUCAGCUGUGAAAAAUAGUGUGUUGUUUCUGUAGGCAGCAGGAAUGAGGAAGUAGUGCUGGGGAUUUGGUUGGUUAAAUUAAUUUAGUGCCUCAUGAGGAGACAAUCUUAUCGUUACUUGGGAAAAUUUUUGGUAAAACACAUUCGAUUUCUAUAGCUAUUUAACAGUUGCUCUGAUUUUAAAAUUGAAAGCAGACCUCAAACAGUAUAUGAUGUGUUUGUGGCCUUCUCUUAGGUUAUAAGUUUUCUAUAUGAGUUUUUUAAUUUAGUUGUAAAUGCCGAAGGCUUAAAAUUUCUCUUUUACCCAAGCUAGGUUUCUUUUAUCAAUAUAUUCAAGUAAGUCUAGUCAGAAUAUGUCUUAUCUGUAAAACAAAUAGUGCAUCAGUUCUAAUGUAGAGUAUUGGGCAGAUUACCACACAUCAUCCUUUCCUUCAAGGUUAUUGUGAUAGUCAAUAAUUUCCUAUUUUCAACUUUUUUUAAUAAGUUUGGUAAAGAAAGAGGUAAUUUCCCCUUCCAUCAGCUCCCAUACUGUCUCAACUUUCAAUGAGCUGGUCAUUGACUUAAACUAGACCAAUAAACCAGA